AUGGAUGUCUUGACUUUUGACUUGGUCGAUGUCUCGGUCUCUUAUGUAAUGCUUACAACGAAAUUACAAACCUUCAAAACUUAUUGCCACAGCUCGGACAAGCUCGUUGAGGCACUAGAGACAGCUGCAAAGAGAUCCACAGAGAACCAAAUGUCGACACUUCAAGGGAAGGAGAAGGAACUGGUGGAUAUUUCAUGUCGAACUGCUGAUACAUUCGUCACAAAAUACUAUGAUAUGUUUGAUCAGAAGCGAUAUGCAUUGAACACAACCCUCUAUCGAGAAACGUCCGCUAUAUUAUGGAAUGGUCAAGCCUUCAGUGGUGGAACUCAGUUUGCUGCCUUCUAUUCUACAUUGCCACAAUCCAAACAUCAAGUUCACACAUAUGAUUCACAACCCCUCUUUGCUGAUCAAAGUAACGUGCAGCAGUACCUCGAUUCAACUAAAAAAUGGGAUAUAAUCAUUCAAGUAUCUGGGUCUGUCAAAUAUGCCGACAAUCCAUGGCGAGCAUUCUCUCAAACAUUCAUACUCACUCCAGACCCAGAUCCAACUAAAAAAGUGUAUUUUGCUGGAACGGACUUGUAUAGGCUCACAUAA